AGGGAACAAGAACAAUCAAAGAGCAUCAUCUUUACCAUUUGAUACCACAGAUCUUCUACAGGAUCUCUUUCGUUUAAUACAAGUGGGAAAGAUGAAGGAUGUCCAAAACAUGGCCUCACCCUCUUAAUUUUUGGUCAUCUCAUCUACUGCUCUCUUUCACUCCUCCUACACAGAGCUGACAAGUGAAGGGAAGAUGAACACCCUCUUCAUAGUUUUGACGUUGCUUAUCUCUAUCUUCCUUCUCCUUACCAAGGGAAGAAGAUCACCAAAAAGGGUUCCACCAGGUUCCCUAGGAAUUCCCAUUGUAGGCCAUAGCCUACAUCUUCUCCGUGCCAUGAGAGCCAAUACGGCAGAAAAAUGGCUUCAACAAAGAAUACAAAAAUAUGGUCCGAUAUCAAAGCUAAGCCUCUUUGGCAAACCUACAGUUUUCAUACAUGGAAAGGAUGCAAACAAGUUUGUAUUCACCAGUGAUAGCAGCACGCUUUCCAAUAGCCAACCACAAUCUGUCAAGAAACUUUUGGGGGAUCGAUGUUUGCUGGAACUCAGUGGCCAAGAUCACAAGCGUGUGAGGGACGCACUUGGCUUGUUUUUGAAGCCUGAAUCAUUGAAGAGUUACGUGGGAAAGAUGGAUGAGGAAGUCAGGAUGCAUAUUGCGACGCAUUGGGAAGGCAAGCAAGAGGUCAAGGUCCUGCCUUUGAUGAAGACACUAACAUUCAACAUCAUUUGCGCCCUUCUGUUUGGGAUCGAACGAGGAGCUAGAAGAGAGAAACUUGUGGACUGGUUUCAAGAAAUGAUAGAAGGGAUGUGGUCAAUCCCCAUUAACUUGCCCUUCACACGCUAUAACCGCAGCCUUCAGGCAAGCGCAAGCAUUCGAAACAUGAUGAAGCAUUUGAUAGGCGAAAAGAGAAGGGAACUUGCAAAGAAGGGUGUUAAUCCACACAAAGACCUCAUCAGUUGCAUGCUUAGCAUUCGUGAUGAAAACAAUAGAGAAGUGAUAGAUGAGAAUGAGAUUAUGGAUAAUGUUAUGCUUGUAAUGACUGCAGGACAUGACACUUCAUCUGUUCUGAUAACUUUCCUAGUCCGAAUUUUAGCUAAUGAUCCUUCAAUUUAUGCAGCUAUUCUGAAAGAACAAGAACAGAUUGCGCAGAGCAAGCAGAAGGGGGAGUUGUUAACCUGGGAUGACCUUGCUAAGAUGAAGUACUCAUGGAGAGUAGCACAGGAAACCUUGAGAUUGGUCUCUCCUAUCUUUGGUGGCUUCAGGAAAGCCGUGAAAGAUAUAGAAUACGAUGGAUACCUUAUUCCUAAAGGGUGGCAAAUAUUCUGGGUUACAAAUAUGACCCACAUGGACAGUAGCAUAUUUCCAGAAUCGUCAAAAUUUGAUCCGGCAAGAUUCAAUAACCAAGCUUCAAUCCCACCUUACUGCUUUAUUCCAUUUGGAGGCGGCCCUCGGAUAUGUCCAGGAUACGAGUUUGCAAGGAUUGAAACCCUAAUUACAAUCCAUCAUCUUGUAACUCAAUUUACAUGGAAGUUGCUUGCGGAUAAUUUUUUCAAAAGGGAUCCAAUGCCAGUUCCAACUGAAGGACUGCCAAUCCAAAUCAUGCCAAAGACAAACAUAACAUCGUAGUUUUCUAAAUCUAAACAGUGGAACUGGUCUAAACUCGUUUGUAGCCAAGAAAACGUUCUGGCAUUCCAGCCAAAGUCUUGAUUAAUUACUUGGUACCAUAUAUCCCACUUGUUAUAGAAAGUUUGAUGUUAUGCAUUAAAGCUUUAAAAUAAAGAGUAGACUGACUUGAUCAGGCUUGAUGAUUGCUCUUAAAA